AUGGGCUGGACGGCUUUCGCCGCAACACUCUCCGAGGACCUCCUCCGAGGAAAAAAAGGGGCGACGGGCGAGAUCGAGAUCGAGCCCCACGGCGGGUUCAGGAGCACGGGAGAGGCUCGUGAUUCAUCUGUGCUGCGCCAUUCGCCUGUGACUUUUUUUGCCCACGCUCACCCCGUGGCAAAUGCGCCGCGUCACAGUCUUCGUCGAGCAGUUUUACACAUCACAUGGGCUGGCGUCUUGUCCCUCGCAAAAUCGCUUCGCGCGCGUUCGUUGGUCCUGCUUAGCAUAUGGGGCAUUGGUUCGUCCGAUGCAUAUCCAUCAUUGGGGCUCUGCGGCUCCGCCAGGCCGCGGCGAAGGCCGGUCACGACACUACCGUACCCGUCGCGCGCCCCAUCACAACCCUUUCGUCAGCCCGACUUUGAAGCAUGAAUGUCGCGUGCUGACGUUUGUUCGCUGACUUGGCCUCGAUAGCCGAACCCCUCUCCGUUUCUCACCCCGUGCUAGCCUCUUCCUUCCACGUCGCCCUCCCUUGUUUGCCACGCGCCCCUCUUCGAGCCUCAUCCUGCCGCGCCCACCUGGGUGUGUGCCCACCCCGUGAUCAGACUGAUUUAUGCCGAUCAAACAAGAUCACACCGCAUCACAAAAAAGCAUCCCCAUCGACAGUCGAUAGGCUAAAGCCGACGACCCCACCAACGGGGCGAGGGGACCAGGACACUCAGGAGGUAACGUGCAAGGACUUCACCGCCAUCGGCAAUGCGUACAUCGCCGGAUCUUGCCGGUUCCCGGCAUGACGCCGGCAAAGCCAAGUAGGUGGUGGGAUGACGGUCAUGGGAAGCCCUGUUUGGUCAUCUGAGAGUGGGGGUUCGCUCGGAGCUGCCACCUUGCUUUGAAGAGCUGACAUGAUGGAGGAAACGCGCACCUGAGGGACCUUUCUUUUUUCUUGCUUUCCUUCCCCCCUCCCCCCCUUUUUGCUUGUCUCAACAUGCAUCAACCUCCACCUCAGGCGUGUCGCUGAUUCUGACAGAGCAUGAGUUGACGGGGAGUCCCCGGAACAGAAAUUAGGGCUGAUGCUGCUUGAUUCUAUCGAGCAAAUAGCAAGACCGGUCCUGCCCCUAUUUGUGUAGUUCACGGAUGUGCCCCCUUUUUGGGGAUUUUUAUUCCUUCUAUCAUGUCAUUGCGUCCUGCACUUGCUUGUUCUCGUAGUCGCUUAUUCCCAUUUUGUCCCUCCCCCUACUUAUCUUCCCUUCAUCUUAUGGUUAUUCAGCGAAGCCACAACACCGCCAGAUGCCGAGCUUGCGAGGCGGAGGCGGUCACGGUAUCCGGAAAAUAGUCUGGACCGCAAUUUUUUUCCCCACCCAUCCCAACACAAUUGCACCAGCACCAAAGCCAAACAACAUGCCCGCGCACCACUCUACACCU